UUCUAGUAAACAACUGGGUCUGGGGUCUGGGGUCGUGUGAAGCUAAAUGUAAGGAGAGCAGAGCAAAGGCCAGAGAAUUUUGAGAUGAACAACAAAGAAAAAAAUUUGUAACGGGGAAAAUGGGAAAAAUGUAAGGAGGAAUUGAAUGAGCGCGAGGUGCUACACAGGCAUACCAUCAUGUCGGCUCUGUUAGCGUUGCGAGAGUUUCACCUAGGCACUCGCCUUCUAGCCAAUAAAGUUGCAUUUGAAGCUGCAAAGUGCAUGACGCCAAUGCAGAACAAAUCCAGCAAAAUAAAUGAGAACAGCUCCUGCAAGAAGGAAUCAAAUAAUGAGGACAGUAUGGAUAGUUUUGUGAAUAAUUUAGUUUCUAUCAAGUCCGAGACAUGGAAAAACAAGAUGAAAAACAAGAGGAUCAAAAUAUUUUCGCCUGUCAAGAUCCAAAUAGUGCCUGAGGAGGAUGGAAAUUUGACCAAAAAGCAUAAAACGUACCCCAUCAGUCUAAUCAAACUGUCCAUAGACGGAGAAAAAUUUGAUCACGAAGAGAUGCUGAGAAUAUUGGAAUCGCCAGAAAUUCUCAGCAAGGUCGACCACGCAGUGCUGAAAAGCCUGGCACUGACCUUCAUAAAAAUGGACUUCGUCGAAGGAAUAUUUCAGCUGGAGUCGACUUGUCACCGCCUGCCUAUUCCUCCCAUGUUUGACUUCAUCGGGAGCCUCUUCAAGUCAUACCUGGCUACAAACCAAGUGGCCAAGGCCCUUCAGGUCGUGGAGCAGUUCUACGUGCGCUUACCGAACUCAAGACGAGAGGCAAGGAGCCACCUGGCCUCAAUAAUCAAGGACGUGGUCAGCAAACACAGCAGCGACGCUCUGCUCGUGCAGUGCAAACAGCUGGCCCUGCGGCUCAAUAGGGACUUUGCCGACAGCCGCCCAGUCAUCUUCCUCUGGCACGCGUGCUUCAUCAGCGAGUGGUUCAGCGACCAGCAGGUGGCUAGGGAGUUGCUGGCCGAAAUUUCUCGCAGCAGGACGCUCGUGGAGACGUUCAGCAAGAAGCUGAUGACGGCCACGUACACGGCGCUAGGUAGAGACAGGCCCGACCUGGUGCAGGACCUCAUCCAAGACCUUAUAAGCAACAACCUCCGUGCGCAGCUCACCAUACCCAUGCGGCUUCUCUUCGACUAUAGAUGUGAUAUGGGCGAUCUUCGAGGCUGUGCGGCCAUUAUGAAGUCGACAGUAGAUCUCAAGGUUGUGUUAACAAGUAAACAGCAUCAAGAAUUUUUGGAAUUGAUGACGUUAAGGAAACACUACAGAUGGAAGUCUCCAGCAAAACGCUCUAGAGAUACGCCUCCAAACACGGAGCAAUUUAAGUUUAAAUUUUAGUCAUGAUUAAACAAGUUUUACUAUGA